CACCCGUGACCCAGGUUACUAUUAACCACCGUACCUCAUCCCCUCAACGACCGUCCUCACAUUGCCUUGCCUUGCUCACAAUGGUCGCCGCGGGCUCCAUUAUUGUUGCAGUACGCGUACGGCCACCCACCUCAUGGGAGGCUGGGCGCCUUCCAGAGCCCUGCUACGACACUACCAUUCGGGGUGAUGGCACGCUCUCUACACCUAAAUCUGUCGCAAAUACUUCAAGUCUACGCGAGGUCGUUCAAAUCGUCGACGACCGCAUACUCACUUUCGAUCCCGAUGAGAAGGACAGGGCGAAAGCAUUCGUUGAACGAGGAUUCACGCCACCCGGCACGAAACGAUACAAAGACAGACGAUUCAUGUUUGACAAAGUGUUUGACCAUGAGGCGCGUCAACAGCACGUCUACGAGGCAACUGCCCAGCCAUUGUUGAAAGGCUUGCUUGAUGGAUACAAUGCUACGGUGUUCGCGUACGGGGCUACUGGCUGUGGCAAGACGCACACCAUAAGCGGCACUGAAUCAGAUCCCGGCAUCAUCUACCUUACCAUGGCAGACCUCUUCCAACGCAUUGAAGAUCGACGAGAGGAGUCAAUUGUCGAUGUCUCAGUCACCUUCCUCGAAAUCUACAACGAGGAGAUCCGUGACUUGCUCGCGGCUCCGGGUGCACAUAUGCCACGAGGCGGGCUGUCUAUUCGGGAAGAUAAAACAGUCAAAGUUGUAGGGUUAACGGAGCUAAAACCGACCUCAGCAGAGGAAGUGAAGGAAAUCGUUCUAUCGGGGAAUUCGCGUCGAACUCAGAGUCCUACGCACGCCAACGAGACGUCCUCACGAUCGCAUGCCGUCCUUCAGAUUCAUAUCACUCAAUCUCCACGUACCGCCUCAUUGUCAGAGCAGCGGACGGUUGGUACCCUCUCCAUCAUCGAUCUCGCCGGGAGCGAGCGCGCAGCGGCCACGACUAACAUGGGUCAGCGUAUGGUAGAGGGAGCGAAUAUCAACAAAUCCCUAUUGGCGCUUGGUAACUGCAUCAAUGCGCUUUGCGAGAGUGGUGGUGGCGUACGCCAUGUACCGUAUCGCAACAGUAAACUCACGCGUCUUCUCAAGUUCUCUCUUGGCGGCAAUUGCAAAACUGUCAUGAUUGUCUGCGUCGCUCCCACUUCGAAUCAUUUUGAUGACACGCAUAACACUCUUGUCUACGCCGAAAGGGCUACCAAAAUCAAAACCAAGGUUGUUACUCGAAAUGUUGUCAAUGUCGAUAGGCAUGUCGGUCAAUAUGUUGAAGCUAUUAACCGGCUUAACAUCGAAAUCGCGGAGCUCAAAGCCAAAGUUGCUGGCAAGAAUAUGCUCGAAAAUGAUAUCGUUCGUCGGAAAAAAUCAGAAGCAGCGGCUGAAGUGGAGAGAGCAAAAGAGGAUAUGAAAGUCAAAUCCGAGCAGACGAAGGAUUCAAUUGUUGAAGGAGCUGCCUGUUCCGGGAAGAUAUCCGUAGCUAACAUCAAGCUCGGCGCAAUUCGUGCACGAUUGUCGGAAAUCGAUACCAGCCACUCCUUGUCAGCCGAUCUUCAAGCCGAGCGCGCACUGUUACAAAUUCUGGCUAGUCCGGAGGAACAAGCUAUCAAACCGGGCUCUGCGUUAUCCAUCAUGGUGCAACGAUCAUCGAACUCUAGGGCCAUGUUCGACGCUACCAUGCGUGCCGUGUCCGAGAGAAAGUCGGAGAAGCUUGACGACGUCAGCAUCGAGAACGUUAAACUUGACGCCAUCCGGAGGAAGGCGGAGAUGGAAAUGAUGAAAGCCCAGGAAGAGAAGGGUGCAAUGCAGAAUGCGGUUGAGGAUAUGGCACGAAUGAUGGUCGCACUGAUUGGAAUGCUGAGCCGUAGCACGGUCGCCAUCGGUGGCGCUGCCAAAGCUUUGGAUGAUGCCUCUCAAGAUGAAUUGCCCGGCACUUCUUCCCAGAUUGCCAAUUUGCUGGCCAGCGUCAGGGAGAAAAACGAUGAUAAUUUUACAAAGCUCAUUGGUCAAUCAACGCGUGGCUAUAAUAUGGAUUCGGGCAGCAAUAGUGUCUUGGACACUUACAAAUCUUACGAGGUGUCUUUCACGCGCAGGGUCAGCUCGGAUCCCGGAAAGCAAAACUAUUCCCGUUCCUCUUCCUAUGGCGCAAAUACUUCUAUAUCUGCGUACAGUUCCCUCUCUGCAUCACCUCGGCGAAGUCAUAGGUCACCGAGAAAGUCUUUGCGAUCGAGCUUGGUAUCGCAACCAUAUAGGCGUGUCUCGGACAAAGAAAAGAAGAUCGUUAAAGCAGGAAAGAGUGUGCAAUGGCGAGAUGAAGUAGGUCGAGGAGACUUGGAUGAUGGUGGCGCUCGCUUGAACUCAGUCUCGGUCACGGUCAUUCCCCCGAGCCCCCAUCCUGUUGUGGACGUUAGCGUUGCUUCCGGUUCCGGUGUACAAGCAUCCCCUUCAGUCAGACCUGCGUCACGUUGCGGUUCGGAAAGCGAAUGGGAAGAUGAUGAGAAAACAGAUGAUAGUGUCCAUCUUUCCAUGUCACUUCCUGCUUCAACUCGUGACAUCGCACCAUCGAAUCACUCAUACGGUUCUAUUGUCGGGAAGCGACCCCGCGCUAGUCGGCUGGAUCCCGGCUUCCUGAAGUCAAGAUCAAGAGGCCCCGCACUAGGAAGUCUAGCGGAGGGCGACGAGAGCGAAGCUGAACCUGAACGACGACUCUCACAACCUCUAGCUCCCAGGAGUCUGAAUUCAGAAGAAAAUAUUUUGGCCGAGCGCAGGAGCUGGUCGGCUUCAAGGGAAAACCAGAAAGGGAGGGCAACGUCUGGACGGCGUAUAUCGUCAGCUUCCCGUUCUGUGGCAUCCACACCAGGGAAGAGUCGACGACGUUCAAACAUCGGUCCGCUACGUGGCGAGAAGGCACGAAGGCGAUCAAGUAUGAUUCCUCAACUUUCGCCACCGAACGGCCAUAGGAUAAGCCAUGGGGAGUCCAGUAAGCCGAGGAGGAUCCUGCUGGCCAGUCCUUCGAAGCGAGCAAAGAGACUUUCUCUGACCUCCCGAGGCAUGCCGGCGCUCAAACUGAGAUCAGCAACAGGCUCUAGGUCCUCAUUUUCGUCGAAUUUAUCAGUCAUGGAUGGCAACACGAGUGCAGAUAUCAGUAUGAAUAGAUCUUUCCGACCUUCAUGGCGGUGAUGGCUUCUAGCUUCACCCAUGACCUAGUAUGUUUAACGUUAUCUCAUGUCUUCUCUAUCCCCCACUGUAAUCCCACCAUGUUUUGUCAAUGAUUUCUCUCUCUGU